UCCCCAUUGUUUGAACCGGGAGGGAGAGAAUAACACUCCGCUUGUUCCGUCGCCGCAGCGAGUCUCCUUCUUCCUUCCCGCCGAUCCGAUGCUCCGCUCCCGCCGCUCCGAAUGUUUCAUUCGUCGCCAACUUCUCCGAUUUCCACACCCGAGACUUGAGCUGCAUCAUGAGUAGUUCGGGGGCGCCUUUCAAUCGCAUACCUCUGGAAUGGUGGGGAUUACACGGCCGAGACCCGGAGAGCCUGUGAACGCAAAUGGAGUUUGGGAUUUAUUGCAAAAUAAGGGAAAGAUGACCGUCUUCUCGCUGUGCCUGCUCCUGUGCGCAGACCUGCUGGAUCUGGCCGUCGGGUAUUUGACAGUCACCAUAGAGCCGCUGCCUCCCGUUGUGGUGGGAGAGACCGUAACUCUCAAGUGCAACUUCAAAACCGACGGACGGCUUCGAGAGAUCGUCUGGUACCGGGUCACAGAUGGAGGCACCAUCAAGCAGAAAAUCUUCACCUACGACGCCAUGUUUAAUACCAAUUACUCUCACAUGGAGGACUACCGCCGGCGCGAGGACCUCGUGUACCAAUCGACCGUCCGGCUCCCGGAGGUACGGAUCUCAGACAACGGACCUUAUGAAUGCCACGUGGGCAUCUACGACCGGGCAACUCGGGAGAAGGUCGUCCUGGCCUCAGGGAACGUUUUUCUUACUGUUAUGUCGCCUCCAAACAACAUAUCAGUGGUGGCAGAAAACACUCCGGCCCCGUUCAGUCGAUACCAAGCGCAGAAUUUCACUCUCGUCUGCACUGCGAAAGGAGGAAAACCAGCGCCGUCGGUGUACUUCAAGCGCGAUGGCGAGUUGAUAGAGGUCAUCUCCUACACCCUCCCCUCCGGCGAGCAGGACGGCGGCUCGGCCGGCGUGAGAGGCGCCCGGCCGCUCAUCAGCAGGGACCUGGACGACACCAAACUGCAGCGCUCGCUGUCCCUCCUGGACCCCGAAGGGCGGGCGCCCCGCCAGUACACGGACAGCCCGCAGCGCGUCCACACCCAGGGGCAGCAGUCCUACGAGCCCAGCCCGGCGACGGAGGUCAUCCCCGAGACGGUGGUGAGCCGGGAGUUCCCCCGCUGGGUGCACAGCACGGACCCCCUCUACUACUUCAGCCACACCAACAUCCCGCAGAGCGACGGCUCCGUGGUGGUGCAGGCGCGCCUCACCUGGACCCUCAACCCGCAGCUGGACAACGACGCGCUGUUCAGCUGCGAGGUCAAGCACCCGGCCCUGUCCAUGCCCAUGCAGACCGAGGUCACCCUAGCUGCUCCUAAGGGCCCUAAACUCUCCAUGUCCCCUACUAGAGCAAAGGUAGGGGACACGGUGCGCAUCACCGUGCAGGGAUUCCAGGUAGGAUCGCCUGGGAACGAGGUGUUCCCCGAGCCCCUCUUCACCUGGACGCGGGUGGGGGGCCGCCUGCUCGACGGCAGCACCGAGCGGGACGGGAAGGAGCUGAUUCUGGAGAGAGUGCCGGCCGAGCUCAACGGCUCCAUGUACCGCUGCACGGCCCAGAAUCCUCUGGGUUCCACGGACACCCACACCCGCCUCAUCGUCUUCGAAAACCCAAGCAUGAUGAAAAACACACAGAAUCAGAACAAUGGAGCUUCACGCGUGGACAUCCCCGGACUAACGUGGAUGGCGCUUGUCCUCACAGUGACUGUGGAACUGACGUGAAACCUCUCAUUCGAGACACUCUCGCGCUGACACGUACACACACACACAUACGUACCCUUCCUACACAACAUCCACACGCACACACACACCUACAAAAACCCUGCAAGCCUUCUGCAGUCAUCAACAGGCUCUCCAUGCGUCAGUCGAUCAGGAAACAGCGCCAUCUCAGGAUGGCGCUCCACUGUUUUCCGGGUGUGGGGGGGCUUUGUAAUGAAAUAAUAACCAAGAAAAUGAUAUGGAAGGAACGACUUGAUGAACAUGACAACAACCCCCACCCCUCCCCCCCCAUAUAGCCCCGCCCAUUUACACCCUUUUUCUGUUUCUUGUCCCACGUCUCUGCCUGGUGAUCAAUAAAAGCCGAUGAGUUGAAAUGGAAAAAAGGAGAAAAAAGCAUUUGGGAUUUUUUUUGUUGUUGUGUCGAAAUGUCAUUGGAGUUGACUGAAAUGUGAAAAGUGGAACGGGCUGGAUAAGUGCCGCCAUAUCAACCACACCCAUCUGUUACAUGUCUUGGGAUGCACCUGAUUAGCAACAAGCUAAUAAACCACGGGGGAACAAACACAGAUGCUCCGAGAGAACAUUCUUUUUUUAUUCAUAGACAAGCAUUCCCUUUUUUUUUCUGAUGGCGCGGAAUGUACAAGAGGAUUUAAAUGCAUUAAGAAACUAGAAAAAAAAAAAUCUCCUUUUUGAGUGUAUUUUGUGUACAUCAGUGUAAAUAUUGAAAAUAAUUAAAGACGUUAUAUGGGUGAUGGGGAGGGAUGGUUGCUGAUAUAGCUGGAGGUUAAACUUCUCCACCUUUCUUUGUACUUCAUUCAACACCGUUCUCAGAGAUCAUUCUCGGCUGGACGGACAGGAACAUUAAAAGCCUUUGUGUUUCUUAUUUGGGCUUUUUAUAUCUAGCAGGUCUCCAAGGACAGUUUAAAAAAAAAAAAAAAAAAAGAUCAAACAUAUGUCUGCUGUUUUGGGGUUGUGGUGCAUGUGACGUUUGAAGAUUCUUUCUCCUUUUGGUGUGUUGCAAAUGGCAGCGCUGCAACUCAUUGUCACUGGCCUGUAAUCCAGUUAUUCACUUGUGACAUACUAUCUUAAGUGACCUACAUUGUGUACAAUGCGUAACUCUUACCCAGACAUCUACAGUACUAGUAGGAUCAUUUUAGUCGCCAUUCCAGGGAGGUGCUCACUCGAGGCAACGUGUGUAAACAGGGUUGUUGCAUUUGUUUCAUUUCACCUGUAUUAAAAUGGAGAGAUGAUAAAACCU